AUGGCAUCCAGACUUUUUCUCCGUGUGAAUGAGACUUAUGACCAGUUUUUUGAGCGGUGCAAUAACUUAUCGCAUUUCGACUGUACUGAAGAAGAAAUGUUAUGGUGGUUAAUGGGCUCUCGGAGGUUGCCCUUGAAAGAAAUUGUACCUAUAACAGUGGUUUUGGUUGUGAUAUUCCUAACUGGUGUUAUUGGGAAUGUGUCCGUAUGUGUCGUUAUAGUUAAACACCCCGGACUGCACACAGCCACCAAUUAUUACCUGUUCAGCUUGGCUGUUAGCGAUUUGCUGUUGCUUUUAUUUGGUCUCCCAAACGAUCUGUCGGUGUAUUGGCAUCAGUACCCAUACAGCCUUGGCAUCGUGUUCUGCAAGCUCAGAGCGUUAAUAUCUGAAGCGGCAACAUACGUAUCAGUGCUGACAAUAUCGGCGUUCUCCCUGGAGCGGUACUUGGCUAUCUGCCAUCCCCUCCACCUGUACGCCAUGGCCGGGCUGACCAGAGCCUCUCGCAUCAUCCUCAUCUUGUGGAUCAUCUCGAUCGCUUGCGCGUCUCCCUUCGCUGUCUACACCGAUAUCAGCUACCUGAACUACCCACCAAAUUCCGGGAACGUAUCCCUGGAUUCGGCAUUCUGCGCGUUCAUGGCGCCGUCGCCGUUCCUGGAGAUCAGCAGCAUCUUCUUCUUCUUCGUGCCGGCUGUCCUGAUCCUCUGCCUCUACGUACGAAUGGGUUUGCAUAUCAGGUCGACGAGAGUGAGUGAGAAGACGAAGCUGGGCCUUCUAAAUGGUCACAUACACGGCGAGACUCGGCAGUCUAAAUCCAGAAAAACAAUCAUAAGGAUGUUGGCGGCGGUGGUGAUCGCGUUCUUCGUCUGCUGGGCACCAUUCCACAUCCAGCGGCUGUUUUACGUCUACGGAGACCAUCUGCCCCAGUUCUCGCUCAUCAACGAGCAUCUGUUCAACGUGGCCGGCGCGCUCUACUACGUCUCCGCCACAGUCAACCCCAUUCUGUACAACGUUAUGAGUGGACGGUGA